AUGGCACCCAAGCAAGAUCGAAUCUAUGCAAGCGGGCGAUCGAAGUCUGUCGCCCCGUCUGCCUGCAUGGUCAUUGGCUCUGAUGAUGAGCGUGACCCCGAGUACGUGCCCCCAGGCACUUCCACCCCUUCCCGUGCUGCACGUGCUCCCAGAGCUACACCCAAAAAGGUGGCGUCCGGCGUAGUCACUGCCUCCCAGUCUGAUGAGGAGCGCACACUGACCGGCACACCCUCUGGGUCAGCCACAAAUGAAGAAGGAGCGUCUGGCUCCUUAGGAGUAUCCUGGUCGGAGGAAGCCUCCGGCUCUGCUGAGGUUCCCGCACCCACCAGCGCUGCAGCGUCGGCCUCGUCUGAUGAGGCUGACAGUUCGGAAUCCACAUCAGGUUCACCAGCUCAGGCCCCCACCCCAGCCACUAACCAGCCCAACCGGUUGUGUGUCGAUGGGCAAUUUCAAGUCUACUCCGACGCCAAGUUCCUGACUGAUAAAGGAGUGAUGACUCGAACACUCACCUUGGAGCGGAGGGUCCUUACAAGGAGUCUCCCGACGAUGCCUGAGAUCACAAUCUCUUCACCAGGC